UGUUUCUGUAUUAUCUGGUUUAAUAUUAUUUAAGGAUAAUUUUUAUUUUGCUCCUAUUUCUGUUUUAUUUAACUAAUUAUUGCAUAAUACCGGAACAUUGUGUAAAGUAGUUAGUGUGUCAUAUAUUGAUAUGUUAAGAUUCUGUAAAAAUUCAAUAAAUUAGCAAUAAAGAUGAGUUCUAAGAAAGGUAAACGAAAUUUCGGUAACAAACAUUUUCCCAUAGCGGAAUCCGUGAGUAUAGCUCUCAAAAUCCAACUGGACAAGUUUCUAAGUGAUGAAAACGAAACGGAGCUCAAGUUCUCUACAUUCCUAUCGGCACAGGAGCGAGGUUUUAUCCAUGAGACUGUUGCUAAAUUGGGCUUGAAGUCGAAAUCCCGCGGUAAAGGUGUGAAUCGUUUUAUAACAAUUUAUAAAAGGGUUGGUUCCACAAUCAUUCAGAAUGAUGCCAAGUUGAUAUUGGAUUCCAACAUGAGAUGUAGUAUUGCUGAGCUCUCAAAUGCCUUCCCACUUACCAGUAAGGAGAAGGAUGACUUAAGCUGUUGUCCUGAGAAGGAGCGAAGCCCCCAGUUGGCUCAUAAAAGUCUUGGACAACUGAACAAUGGGGUUGCACAGGUCCCCAAUACAACAUAUAAUCCUGAUCUGAUAAAGUUUAGAGAGAAGCUGCCUAUUUAUGAACAAAGACUGGAUCUAAUUAAUGCCAUUACUCAUAAUCAGGUAGUAAUAGUGGCUGGUGCUACAGGAUGUGGGAAGACGACUCAGUUGCCGCAACUGGUGUUGGAUUACUGCCAAGAACACAAGCAGCCUGCCAGGAUAUACUGUACUCAGCCCAGGAGAAUAUCGGCUGUCUCUGUUGCAGAGAGGGUAGCGUUAGAGCGCCAAGAGAAGAUAGGACAGACCGUGGGCUACCAGAUCAGGCUGGAGUCUCGCGUGAGUCCUCGCACGAUACUCACGUACUGCACCAACGGAGUGCUGCUGAGGACACUCAUGGCUGGGGACUCAUCUCUCAGUGGCGUGACGCACGUGUUCGUGGACGAGGUGCACGAGCGUGACAAGUUCAGCGACUUCCUGCUGAUCGCGCUGCGAGACGCCCUGCCGCGCUUCAAGGACCUCAAGCUCAUCCUCAUGUCAGCCACCAUGGACACACAGAUAUUUUCCAGGUAUUUCAACAACUGCCCAGUACUCACAAUACCGGGCCGUUUGCACGAUGUGCAGAAAUAUUACCUGGAGGACGUGUUGAAGCUCACGCAGUACCGCUCUAAGAAGAUGAUUCAAGUAGAGAAGGAGCUCAGAUCCAAACUCAAGACUGGACAGAGCUAUUGGGCCCAUUUAGAAGGACAGAAAGCAAACCAAGAUGAAAGUCCCAGUACAAGCAAUAAGGAAAAAGAGGAUAAGGAAAACGAGAUGGACCCGGCCCUGCAGGCAGAUAUGGACGAGUUCUUGGAGCAGUGCUUCAAAGAAGGCAGCCUCGACUCGUUCUGCCAGAUCCUGUACAUGUACGUGUCGGAGGGCGUGCCGGUGGACUGCGCGCACUCGCGCUCGCACCAGACCGGACUCAUGGCCGCCGCCGCGCACGGACUCGCCGAGACUGCGGCGCACGUGCUGCACAUUGGUAUUGAUUGAACUUUUUCUAAUGUUACGCUAACGACAUAUUUAGUAAUUUAAAUUCACAGUGUUCAUAGCUAAACAUGAUUUCUAACCAACACAAUUCUAACCUUCUCCGUUCGAAAGAGCACCCUCAAACACAUAAAGGACAAUGGUUCCAGAUUUUUUCUGAUCGACGUGUACCGGCACACCAUAUCUGAGGACCUCGUAGAUCACGACCUGAUACUCGCCCUCAUCAAGUACAUUCAUGUUUUGUGUUUUAAUUUCCUGAGAGAUUUAUGUGCGUGCUAGAUGAACGCGUCCAAGUAUCAGGUCUUCACUCUUCAUAGUAACAUGCAGACGCUGGACCAGAAGAAGGUGUUCGGGCAGCUGUCGAACACGCGCAAGAUAAUACUGUCCACGAACAUCGCGGAGACGUCGAUCACGAUCGACGACGUCGUGUACGUCGUGGACUCGUGCAAGGUGAAGGAGAAGUACUACGAGUCGAGCGGCGGCGUGUGCUCGCUGCAGUGCGUGUGGUCGUCGCGGGCGGGCGCGCGGCAGCGGGCGGGGCGCGCGGGGCGCACGCGGCCCGGCCGCGCCUACCGCCUCGCCUCGCGCCGCCGCCACGCCGCCCUCCCGCCGCACGCGCCCCCGGAGAUGGCGCGCGCGCCGCUCCACGAGCUCUGCCUGCACGCCAAGCUGCUGGCGGCCGGCCCGGCGCCCGUGGCCGACUUCCUGGCGCGCGCGCCCGACCCGCCCGCCUUCCUCGCCGUGCGCAACGCCGUCGCGCUCCUCAAGACCGUCGGCGCGCUCACGCCCGUCGAGGACCUCACCGAGCUCGGCCGCCACCUGCUCGACCUCACCGUCGAGCCGAAGCUCGGCAAGAUGCUGCUGUACGCGUGCGUGCUCAAGUGCCUCGACCCGGUGCUGACGAUCGUGUGCGCGCUGGCCGACAAGGAGCCGUUCCAGAUGGCGCCGACGGCGGAGGGGCGGCGGCGCGGCGGCGCGGCGCGGCGCCAGCUGGCGGCGGCGGCGCGGUCGGACCACAUGGCGCUGCUGCGCGCGUUCCAGGCGUGGCAGGCGGCGCGCGCCGCCGGCGCCGACCGCGCCUUCUGCGCGCGCACGCUCGUCUGCGGCGCCACCAUGGAGAUGAUCGUCGCGCACCGCGCCCGCCUGCUGGCGCAGCUGCGCGCGCUCGGCCUGGUGAAGGCGCGCGGCUCGGGCGACAUCAAGGACGUGAACGUCAACUCGGAGAAGUGGCACGUGGUGAAGGCCGUGCUGGUCGGCGGCCUGUACCCGUCGAUCGCGCGCGUGGACCGCGAGGCGGGCGCGCUGCGCACGUCGCGCGAGGUGAAGGUGGCGUUCCACCCGAGCUCCACGCUGCACCGCGGCGGCGGCCAGGCCGGCGCGCGCGACUCGCUGCGGGACCUGCCCACCGACUGGGUGGUGUUCGAGGAGAUCUCCCGCGCGGGCCGGUUCUGCUUCAUCCGCUGCAACACGCUGGUGACGCCGCUGACGGUGGCGCUGUUCGGCGGCCCGCUGCGGCUGGCGGCCGGCGCGCUCACCCAGCGCGCCAACCCGCCCGGCCUCUCCAGCGACUCCGACAGCGAGGCCGACGAGGGCAACGCCUCGCCCGACACCGCCGUGCUCACGCUCGACGACUGGAUGGCCUUCACGGCCGACGCCUCCGACGCCAUCAGCGUCUACUACCUGCGCCAGAAGCUGUGCGCGCUCAUCAUCCGCCGGAUGUCGAACCCGGCCAAGCCGAUGACACCCCUCGACGAGCAGAUACUGAACACGGUCGUCCACGUGCUCGGGGCCGAGGAGAAGAACGUGGGCCUUAACCAGCCGAGCGGCAUCGGCCAGAGGCCCAAGCCGCCGACGGUGGACUCCCCGAACUGGCGAAUGAGACUCGACAACGACGAGCAGUACCGCCACGACAAUAAGUAUUACCCGCAGUACGGUCAGAAUGAAUACCCGGGGAAUAGUUUGUAUCAGAACGCAUACGGGUACAGAAACGGACAGGCGCGGCCGGGCUGGCGAGGCGAGGCCGGGCAGAGUUUCUCGCCGCAGUCGUACAGUGGGCCCAAGAGUCCGAUGUCGCCGAACGGCAAGACGCUGCUGGCGAACAUCGAGAAGUAUGCGGACAACAGCGAAAACUCGGCGCGGUACUUUAUUGUGAAGACUGAUGAUGUGCAAACCGUGGAGCAGGCGCAGAGGUCCGGCAAUUUCCCAUUCACGCAGAGCACAGUGAAAAAGUUACAAAAACUUAAACAGGAGGGCCACCACGUGGUGGUGGUGUUUUCGUGCGCGAGCGUCGCUAAGUUCGUGGGGUGUGCCGCCCUCACCGACCAAGGCCUCGACUGGGUGCAAACAAACCACCUGCCCUUCCACUCUGUCAGGCACAUAGUGAACUCGCUGCCACACGGCAGGCCGGGCGGCGCGGGUGGGAGCGGCGCCGGCGGCGGUGGAGGAGGAGGAGGAGGAGGAGGAGGCGGCGGUGAAGCAGCCGAGCUGGCCGCCGCCGCCGGCGCGGCGCUGGUGGCCGCACUCACGGCCGCGCGGCGACCGCACCGACACCAUCCGCGCCCGCCGCCGCGCUGGUGGCCGACCGCACCGACACCAUCCGCGCGCCAUACACAAGCACACCCACCCGCCCGACCUGUAGCCGCCGCCGCGCUGGUGGCCGCACUGACCGCACCGACACCAUCCGCGCGCCAUACACAAGCACACCCACCCGCCCGACCUGUAGCCGCCGCCGCGCUGGUGGCCGCACUGACCGCACCGACACCAUCCGCGCGCCAUACACAAGCACACCCACCCGCCCGACCUGUAGCCGCCGCCGCGCUGGUGGCCGCACUGACCGCACCGACACCAUCCGCGCGCCAUACACAAGCACACCCACCCGCCCGACCUGUAGCCGCCGCCGCGCUGGUGGCCGCACUGACCGCACCGACACCAUCCGCGCGCCAUACACAAGCACACCCACCCGCCCGACCUGUAGCCGCCGCCGCGCUGGUGGCCGCACUGACCGCACCGACACCAUCCGCGCGCCAUACACAAGCACACCCACCCGCCCGACCUGUAGCCGCCGCCGCGCUGGUGGCCGCACUGACCGCACCGACACCAUCCGCGCGCCAUACACAAGCACACCCACCCGCCCGACCUGUAGCCGCCGCCGCGCUGGUGGCCGCACUGACCGCACCGACACCAUCCGCGCGCCAUACACAAGCACACCCACCCGCCCGACCUGUAGCCGCCGCCGCGCUGGUGGCCGCACUGACCGCACCGACACCAUCCGCGCGCCAUACACAAGCACACCCACCCGCCCGACCUGUAGCCGCCGCCGCGCUGGUGGCCGCACUGACCGCACCGACACCAUCCGCGCGCCAUACACAAGCACACCCACCCGCCCGACCUGUAGCCGCCGCCGCGCUGGUGGCCGCACUGACCGCACCGACACCAUCCGCGCGCCAUACACAAGCACACCCACCCGCCCGACCUGUAGCCGCCGCCGCGCUGGUGGCCGCACUGACCGCACCGACACCAUCCGCGCGCCAUACACAAGCACACCCACCCGCCCGACCUGUAGCCGCCGCCGCUCUGGUGGACGCACUGUCAGAACCACACUUCCGCGCGCCAUACACACGCACACCCGCCCGCCCUGGAGCCGCCGCCGCGCUGGUGGCCGCACUGACCGCACCGACACCAUCCGCGCGCCAUACACAAGCACACCCACCCGCCCGACCUGUAGCCGCCGCCGCGCUGGUGGCCGCACUGACCGCACCGACACCAUCCGCGCGCCAUACACAAGCACACCCACCCGCCCGACCUGUAGCCGCCGCCGCACGCCACCCACCACCAAUCAUUCGGACGAUCACCGAAAGGCGACGAGUAAAUUAUAAAAGAAGUAUUCUAAGUAGCAUAAGGCCUGACCAAAUCUAA